GUAAUUUCAAUCAACCAAUACGCCCUCAACUACUUUUGCACUCAUUCGAAAUUCCGCGCUACCCUUGCCGAGAAGGAAGUGAACACACUCAAGGAGCAACUGUCCACCAGCAACACGGAUCCCGCCAGCGGCAACAUCCACAGCGACAGCGACAACCACAGCCACAACACAGGCGGAGCGUCCGCCGCAGGAGCAGCAGAAGGGGAAGCAGGAGCUCAGGAGAUCGAGGAUUCGGAUCUGGAACUGGCCAGCGGAGGCGGAGGAUCUGGAUCUGGCCAUCAGCUGAAUAGCUCCAUUGUUGCAGCGGCCAUCACGCUGCAGCAGAACGGCGGCAAUCUGCUGGCCAACACCAAUACGCCGUCGCCCUCGCCGCCGUUGCUCAGCGCCGAGCAGCAGCAACAGUUGCAGAGCAGCCUGCAGCAGAACGGUGGUGGUGUCGGCGGCGCCUGCCUCAAUCCGAAGCUCUUCUUCAAUCACGCCCAGCAAAUGAUGAUGGAGGCGGCGGCAGCUGCCGCAGCAGCAGCAGCGGCGGCGGCUGUCCAACAGCAGCAGCAUCAGCACUCGCCCCUGCAUUCCCCAGCUGCGGAGGCAGCAGCCGCAGCGGCGGCUGUGGGGCCCACAGAUCAUCAAACAGUAGCCGAGGCCACUGCAACCACCACCCACACAGCCACCACCACCAGCAGCAGCAACACCACCAACAGCAGCGGCAGUGGCAGCAGGAGCCGUGGCAGCCAUCACCACAACGAGGACGAGGAGCAGGACGACGAUGAUGAUGAGGACGAUGAGGAGGAGAACGCCUCCAUGCAGUCGAAUGCAGCGCAUUUGGACGACGAUGACGAUGACAUGGAGCUGGAGCCCCAUCAGUCCCUGGAGGCCAUCGAGUCUGCGGCAAGAACUGAGCCACACCAACAGCAGCAGCAGCGGCUGAGGCAUCUGGCCGGCGAUGCAGGUGAUCUGGAGGAGGCGUCUGCUGUGGCGGCUGUUGCGGCUGCCACCGAUCCAGAUCCAGAUGAUGAGGAAGCUAGUUUAAAUGUUAGCAAUAAUCACAAUACCGAUAGCAAUAAUAGUUGUAGUCGAAAGAACAAAAACAGCAGCAGCAACAACAGCGUCGGCACAGGUGUGGCACUGCGUGAUAGCAAUGAUGAUAUGGAUGAUCCACAUGUGGCAACAUCGGUUCAUAGUGCCGAGGAUGAUGACUGCGCCAAUAACAAUACCAAUACCAGCAACAACAACAACAACAACAACAAUGGGGGAAGCAGCAACAACAACACCAACGAGAAGCGCAAGAAGCGUAACAACAACACAAACAGCAACAGCAACAAUCAGCCCGCUGUACAACUUGCUGCCAAAGACAAAGAGAUUAAAGCACUUCUGGAGGAGCUGCAGCGCCUGCGUGCCCUGGAGCAGACACAUCUGGUGCAGAUCCAGCGUCUGGAGGAGCAUCUGGAGGUGAAGCGACAGCACAUCAUGCGCCUGGAGGCACGCCUCGACAAGCAGCAGAUCAAUGAGGCCUUGGCCGAGGCCACCGCCUUGGCUGCCGCCGUCAAUGCGGCUGCCACCAACAACAACAACAACCAGAGCAGCGACAACAACAAGGUGAACGCCGCCUCUCCAUUGGAGGGAGCAGCAGCAGCCGCAGCCGCAGCCAACGAUCUGGACGCCACCCAGGCCUCAGCCCAGGCUGAGGACGAUGAGGAGGAGGAAGAGGAGGAUGACCACCAGGCCAUGCUCGUGGACAAUGACGAGGGCGAGGAGGCUGCCUCCGCCAGCUCGCGGCUGGCUCCCCACCAGCAGCAGAUUGAUGAAGAGGACGAUGACGAGGAGGACGAGGAUGCCGAGAAUCAGGAUCAUGCUGACCGCAUGUCAAACCAAACCACAGCCAAUGCAGACAGCAACGAGCUGAAAAUCAAAAAGGAACAGCACAGUCCUUUGGAUCUGAAUGUUCUGAGUCCCCAGUCGGCCAUUGCGGCCGCGGCUGCUGCCGCAGCUGCCGCCGCCUGUGCCAACGAUCCCAACAAAUUCCAGGCCCUGCUCAUGGAGCGGACCAAGGCCCUGGCCGCCGAGGCCCUCAAGAAUGGUGCCGCCAGUGCCAGUGGCAGUGCUAGCGGCAGCGGCGGUGACUCUGCCAAUGCGAUCAGCGAAGCGAUGCCGCCGCCCCCAGACGAGGCCUCCUCCGCUUCCUCCUCCACAGGAGCAGCAGCAGCAACUGUAACGCAUGAAAAUGAAACGGAAACGGAAAUGGAAGCUGCAACUGAGGCAAACGAUGGGCUGGCGACCACAGUGCGUACAAAGCAAGAGCUCGAAGACGAGAAUGAGAACGAUAACGAUAACGAUAAUGAUAACCAAAACGAAAACGAAAACGAGGAUGAAGAUGAAGAUGAGGAUGAGGCGAUAUUGCAGCCGCCCGCCACACUCGAAGAGCAGCUGGUCAACAGCUACUGGCGACGCGGCUUCGAGAGCCCCAAUCCGCCGCCGACAAAGUCUGCCCCAACAGUUGCCAUGCCACAGCCACAGCCACAGCCAGGGAGCAAAACGCCAACAGUUUAUCAAAAUGUCAAUGCGGGGCAGCAGCCACAGUUGCUGCCGCCACCGCCGCCGCCACCGCCAACCUUGCAACAACAACAACAACAACAACAACACUACCAACAACAGCAGCACGGACCCUCGUCCACAGCGUUGCUCAGUCAAUUGGUUAACUCCACUUUCUCCUCCUCCUCUCGCCUAGAUGCCGGAUCCCAUCCGCACCACCACCACCAGCAGCAGCAGCCACAGUCGCAACACCACAGCAGCGGCACCAACAGCAGCAGCAACAGCAGCAGCUGCAAUUCGGGUCCCGGCAGCACCACCGACGGCGCCCUCAACCACCACCACUCGCACGGGCAUGGCCACCAUUUGGUCGGGCACAAUCCGCACGGCCUGCCCCACGGCCAUCCGCACGGGCAGCUGCUGCAUUCGGCAGCGGCCCACCACCUGCACCACGCCGACUCCAACUCCUCCAGCGCCAACAGCACCCCCAGCAGCACCGCCCAACUGGCGGCCAGCCUGGCCAGCACCCUCAACGGCAGCAAGUCCCUGCUGCAGGCAGCCGCCGCCGCCAAUGCCGCAGCCGUGGCAGCCGGCGCCGUGGCCGAGGACAACAACAACGGCUUGACGCCCAAUGCCAAUGCAGCGGCGGCGGCAGCGGCAAUGGCCGCCCACGCCCAGCAUGCGGCGGCCUUGGGACCGGGCUUCCUGCCCAGCCUGCCGGCCUUCCAGUUUGCCGCCGCGGCGGCCGCCAACCAGGAUGCGCGCGGACACUAUCGGUUCGCGGACGCGGAGAUGCAGUUGCCGCCCGGCGCCUCGAUGGCCGGUCGCCUGGGAGAGUCACUGAUACCCAAGGGCGAUCCCAUGGAGGCCAAGCUGCAGGAGAUGCUGCGCUACAACAUGGACAAGUACGCCAACCAGGCCCUGGACACGCUGCACAUCUCGCGACGCGUACGGGAGCUGCUCUCCGUGCAUAACAUAGGCCAGCGGCUGUUCGCCAAAUACAUCUUGGGCCUGUCGCAGGGCACCGUCUCCGAGCUCCUGAGCAAACCAAAGCCCUGGGACAAGCUGACGGAGAAGGGACGCGACAGCUACCGCAAAAUGCAUGCCUGGGCCUGUGACGAUAACGCCGUCAUGCUGCUCAAGUCGCUGAUACCCAAGAAAGAUUCGGGCCUGCCCCAGUAUGCGGGACGUGGCGCUGGCGGCGGCGGUGGCGAUGACUCCAUGUCGGAGGACCGCAUUGCCCACAUCCUGAGCGAGGCCUCCUCCCUGAUGAAGAGCACCGCCGCCCAGCAGCAGCGGGACCAGCAGGACCAGCAGCGUCGCCACGCCGGCGAGGACACGCACAGCAACGAGGACAGCAAGUCGCCGCCCCAGAGCUGCACAUCGCCCUUCUUCAAGGUGGAGCAGCAGCUGAAGCAGCAGCAGCACCAGCACCGGGAGCAGCAGCACAUGGCCUCCGAGCAGCGGGACGCUGUGGUGGCCGCCGCCCAGCAGCAGCACCAACAGCACCAGCAGCAGCGGGAGCAGCGCGAACGGGAGCGCGAACAGCAGCAGCGACUCCGCCACGAAGAUCUAGCCCAGGACAAGAUGGCACGCCUCUACCAGGAGCUGAUAGCCCGCACACCACGCGAGGCAACCUUCCCCAGCUUUCUGUUGUCGCCCUUCUUUGGAGGGGCCGCCGGCAUGCCCGGGGCGGCCAAUGCAUUCCCAGUUCCCGACGAGAACAUGCGCCACGCCUUCGAGCGGGAGAUCGCCAAACUGCAGCAGCAGCACCAGCAGCAGCAGCAGCAGGCGGCCCAGGCCCAGGCCCAAGCCCAGGCGGUGUCCGGCUUUCCCAACUUCUCCAGUCUGAUGGCCCUGCAGCAGCAGGUGCUCAAUGGCGCCCAGGACCUCUCGCUGGGCUCCGUCAAGGAUAUCAAGCUGAACGGGCAGCGCGGCUCGCUGGAGCACAGCAGCAGCAGCUCCAAGGACGGUGACCGCGAGGAUCCACGCGACUAUCCGCAGUCGCUGCACGGCCGCAAGUCCGACACCCCGGCCCCGCCAGCACCGCCAGCCCCUCCCUCGGGCAGUGCCGGCAGCGUGCCCGGCUCGGCCAACAGCCUCUCCAGCGCCAGAGACGGCGUUGGAGCCGGAGCAGGAUCCGUAGGAGCCGGCAGCCAUGCCAGCAACUCGGCCGCCCCCAGUCCGCUGAGCAACUCGAUCCUGCCGCCAGCUCUGAGCAACCAGGGCGAGGAGUUUGCGGCCACCGCCAGCCCCCUGCAGCGAAUGGCGUCCAUCACCAAUUCGCUGAUCACUCAGCCGCCGGUUACGCCGCACCACAGCACUCCGCAACGCCCCACCAAGGCGGUGCUACCGCCCAUCACCCAGCAGCAGUUCGACAUGUUCAACAACCUCAACACGGAGGACAUUGUGCGGCGCGUGAAGGAGGCUCUCUCCCAGUACAGCAUCUCGCAGCGCCUCUUCGGUGAGUCGGUGCUGGGCCUGUCCCAGGGCUCCGUCUCCGACCUGCUGGCCCGCCCCAAGCCCUGGCACAUGCUCACCCAGAAGGGACGCGAGCCCUUCAUCCGCAUGAAGAUGUUCCUCGAGGACGAGAAUGCCGUGCACAAGCUGGUUGCCAGCCAGUACAAGAUCGCGCCCGAGAAGCUGAUGCGCACCGGUAGCUAUUCCGGCAGCCCCCAGAUGCCCCAGGGCCUGGCCAGCAAGAUGCAGGCCGCCGCCCUGCCCAUGCAGAAGAUGAUGAACGAGCUGAAGCUGCAGGAGCCCGCCCAGGCGCAGCACAUCAUGCAGCAGAUGCAGGCCGUGGCCAUGUCCGCGGCGAUGCAACAGCAGCAGCAGGCGGCCGCUGCUGCCGCCGCCGUUGCCGCCCAGCAGCAGAGCCAGCACCAGCAUCCCCAUCAGCACCCCCAUCCACAUCCGCACCAGCAGCACCAGCACCAGCAGGCGGCCGCGGCCGCCCAGGCAGCCGCCGCCCUGCACCACCAGAACAUGCUGCUCACGUCCCCCGGCCUGCCUCCCCAGCAUGCCAUCAGCCUGCCAGCCUCGGGUGGUGCUGCCUCCGCCGUCGGCGUUGGCUCCAAUCCCGGGGGCCAGGGCAAUGCCGGUGGACCCGCUGGACCACCCUCAGGGCCGGUGGGCGAGAAGAAGCCCAUGCUGAUGCCCGUGCACGGAGGCGCACAUGCGCCCAACGCCAUGCGCAGCCUGCAUCAGCACAUGUCGCCCACCGUCUACGAGAUGGCCGCCCUCACCCAGGACCUGGACACGCACGACAUCACCACCAAGAUCAAGGAGGCUCUGCUGGCGAACAACAUCGGCCAGAAGAUCUUCGGCGAGGCGGUGCUGGGCCUGUCGCAGGGCUCCGUGUCGGAGCUUCUCAGCAAACCGAAGCCCUGGCACAUGCUCUCGAUCAAGGGCCGGGAGCCGUUCAUCCGGAUGCAGCUGUGGCUUAGCGACGCCAACAAUGUGGAGCGGCUGCAGCUUCUCAAGAACGAGCGGCGGGAGGCGAGCAAGCGGCGCCGCAGCACCGGGCCCAACCAGCAGGACAACAGCAGCGACACCUCCAGCAACGACACCAACGACUUCUACACCAGCAGCCCCGGACCCGGCUCCGUGGGCUCCGUGGGCGGUGCGCCGCCCAGCAAGAAGCAGCGCGUGCUUUUCUCCGAGGAGCAGAAGGAGGCUCUGCGCCUGGCGUUCGCCCUCGACCCGUACCCCAAUGUGGGCACCAUCGAGUUCCUGGCCAACGAGCUCAGCCUGGCCACACGGACCAUCACGAACUGGUUCCACAACCACCGCAUGCGGCUCAAGCAGCAGGUGCCCCACGGCCAGCCCGGCCAGGACAACCCCAUACCGAGUCGGGAGAACACCAACGCGACCCCCUUCGAUCCCGUCCAGUUCCGCAUCCUCCUCCAGCAGCGGCUCGUCGAGCUGCACAAGGAGCGCAUGGGCCUGGGCGGAGCGCCCAUCCCCUACCCACCGUACUUCGCGGCGGCCGCUAUCCUCGGACGCAGUCUGGCGGGGAUGCCGGGCGCCGCGGCUGCUGCCGGUGCUGCCGCCGCUGCGGCUGCCGUCGGUGCGGCUGGCGUUGGUGUCGGAGAUGAACUGCAGCUGCAGGCCCUCAACCAGGCGUUCAAGGAGCAGAUGAGCGGCCUGGACCUGUCCAUGCCGACGCUGAAGCGCGAGCGCAGCGACGACUACCAGGACGACCUGGAGAUGGACGCCAGCGGUCACAACAUGAGCGACAACGAGUCGCUGGAGGGCCAGGAGGCGGAGGACAAAGCCGUCUCCGAGUACGAGAAGAUCCUGCAGAAGUCCGCCCUCGCCUCGGCGGCAGCCGCCUACAUGAGCAACGCCGUGCGCAGCUCCCGCCGCAAGCCUGCGGCCCCCCAGUGGGUGAACCCUGCUGGCAGCACCACCCCCAAUGCGGGACUUGCAGCGGCAGCCGUGGCAGCGGCAGCAGCAGCAGCCGCAGUAGCGGCACAGACUGGCGCCGGCAGCGAGAGCGAGCGCAUCAUCAACGGCGUCUGUGUGAUGCAACAGGGCUCCUCCGACUACGGUCGGGACGAGGCUGAUGGCAAGUCCGUGGAGGCUGGCGGCGGCGACUCGGAGCACGAGCACGCCCAGCUGGAGAUCGACCAGCGGUUCAUGGAACCCGAGGUGCACAUCAAGCAGGAGGAGGACGACGACGAGGAGGAGGACCAGAAGCACCAGCAGCUGCAGCAGCACCUGGAUGGUGGCCUCGACUGCGACGCGAGCGAGGCGGAGAAGAAGCUGAAGGUGAUCAACGAGGAGAAGCUGCGUCUGGUGCGCGUGCGCCGCCUGAGCAGCAACGGCGCCCCAGGCCAGGCAGACUCCGAGGAGUCGUCAGCGGCCUGUAUCGCCGCCACAGAAGCUGCUGGCAGCGGGGCUGUGGCAGCCGGCCAGGCGGUAGCCAGUGCCGCGCCAGCAGCCGCGUGGAACUACUAGGACAGUGCAAUGAUCAACGAUGGGGAGGCAGAUGCAGAUGCGGAUGGCGAUGGAGACGACCGUUUACUUGUGAUUAAGUUUGGAUGUUUAGACCUAGACGUAGACCUAGACCCAGGACUCGCCUCGAGCGGUCUAGAUAUAUCGAUACAUAGCACCUAGAUCGUAGAGAACUCUAUUUUUUUUCUGUUUUUUUUUUAUCAUAUUACAUACAAUACAAUACAAUACAAUACCUAUGGGACUUAGGAUAGGAUAGCCUUAGGUCUGGUUGCCCGGAGUUGUAAUAAUUGUAGCUAAAAGUUUAGAGACGCUAUGCGAGGAGCGCAAAAGUAUUAAAAGCACCCAAUCCCCCAUGUCCCCUAUCUACCCAUCUACCCAAAAAACAAAAACAAGGCCCCCACUGACUUGCCCAAGAACUUUAACCAAAAGCCAAGAUCCAAUGAUAGCGAAAGAGAUCUUGCAAAGAUUUUUUUUGAUUUGUUUCUACUUGAAGACUGUAAGCGAAGGCGGUAGGAUGGAUAACUAUACAUAUAUUUUGUUUGUCGAUCUAUUAUUAACACGAUUACGAUUAUGAAUAUGAUUACGAUUAUGAUAAUGAAUUAUGAAUAAUGAUGAUGAUGAUAUUGGACUAGGACUACGCACAUUAUUCAAUGGUUGAGUGUACAUACAGACUAAACGAACCGGAGAAGCCGUUCUGUACAUAGACUCCUCGCGAGGCAUGAUCUUUCUUUCGUUAUUUCGUUCUUCCUUCGCACUCCACCAGAUCCUCCCGAUCCCCCCUGAGUCCCGACUUGUUAAACUAUCUUUUGAUCUCAAGCAAAACACACAAAACGAAAGGAGAAACGAGAAGCGAUAAAGCAGAAGCGAAAGCAAAAUAAGAAAAGAAAACCCAAAGUAAAAGAUAGUUGAAAGCAAGAAAAAUGCCGCGAGGAAAUGUUUGUCCCCUUUCCCU